UCCAAUGACCAAAUUCCAUGAAAUUGACUUCCAAGUUAGUGAGUGACUCUGAACACGCCUCUCCAUGCUCAUUCCCAUGCCUUCAUUCAGACAAUCACCAUCUCGCCUGAAUUACAGUCACAACCUCACUUACCGCUAACAUCCCCUCUGCACUGCACAGCCAGCGACCUGGGCAAAGCAGCAAUCCAAUGGAGUCAUUCCUCUGCACCCAGGCUUUCAGGGGCUCCAAGUUUACAAGACCCAUUCUGGCCCAAGAACAGCCCUCCAGUUUAAUUUUCCCCAGCUUCAUCAUCAUGCCCUACAUUUUUAGCCAAAGAGAAUUAUUUGCUGUUUGGGACCAUGUGUUCUCUCUGGCUGGAACAUCUCCCCUGCACUCAGUUGCCCGGUUAACUCCUUCUACUUCAUCUCCGAUGACGCCUCCUUCAGGAAGUGUUUCCCCCCUGAGAUGCGACGCCCAUUCCUCCGGGCUCUCAGUGCACAAAUGCAGAACCUCAUCAGCUCUUCCUUGGGUUCCUGCAGCUGGUCCUGCCACCCCACUGAGUGCCACACUUCCGUUCUCUACGCAGCAGUCAGACUUUUCUCUCUGAAAGGCAAAUCUGAUCGUGUGGCUCCUGCUGCCCUUAGGGUCAAGUCUAAACUCCUAGAGUGAAUUACAAGGCCCUCUGUGGUGGAGGCUGUUGCAGCCUCCAGUUCAGCCCAUCCCAAGCCCUCUGUGCUCCAGCUGUCCCGAAUCUCCCGCCAGCCCUCCAACAUGGCACCUGCUCUCCAGCUCUGAAAUUUGCUUACCUGCUUCCUAUAUGUGGACCUUCCCCUGGCUCCCAACUCUUUACCUGACUGCAUCCUGUAGGUGUCAGUUGGGCAUCACUUCCUCAGGAAAGCCUUCUCUGAAUCCCUAAACUAGGUUGUGUCUCUCUCCCCAUUCCGUUUCCUAGCGCCUACCACCCAUAGAUUUAAUUGCUUGGUUAAUUGGCUAUUGUUCCUUUUAUUUAUUUUUAUUUUUUAUUUUUUAUUUUUUUGCGGUACGCGGGCCUCUCACUGUUGUGGCCUCUCCCGUUGCGGAGCACAGGCUCCGGACGCGCAGGCUCAGCGGCCAUGGCUCACGGGCCCAGCUGCUCCGCGGCAUGUGGGAUCUUCCCGGGCCGGGGCAUGAACCCGUGUCCCCUGCAUCGGCAGGCGGACUCUCAAACACUGCGCCACCAGGGAAGCCCCUAUUGUUCCUUUUAGAAUGUGAGCUGGAGAACUAUGCAUAUUUUGUUCCUGACUAUGUUUCUAGCAUUAUACAGAACAAUGUUCAAUAAACAUUUAUAGAACUAAGAAUGAAUGAAUGCAUAUCUCUAGUCUUCCCACUAGAAGCUGAACUCCUCACUAACUUGUGUGGGGCAUGGGAUGCACUUAAUUUUUUGUUGAAUAAAUGGGUGAAUGAAUGAUCAGCUCUUUUCAAGAUCAUCUAUUUUAUUAUAGUUAAAAAAUUGUACUUUCUCAUUUGUUUUACCAUCUGCAAGAACUUGCUAGCAGAAGAGUGGCAGCAGGCCCCAAUGUUUUAAAAAGAUUUGGGGAUGCAAACCUUAAAUCCUGAGGCUGGAGAAUUCUCUUUUAACCUCCCAUGGUACGUUUUAGCCCCGGAGCCCUCUGUGGGUGGCAGCAUGCUUUGGGAGGCCCUCCUGCUUACGCCCUGUGUCCGUUUCUCCUGGCCAGAGCCUGGCUACCCAGUGGCCCCGCUGCUCCCAUGGAUCCGCUGAACCUGUCCUGGUACGAUGACGAUCUGGAGAGCCGGAACUGGAGCCGGCCCUUCAACGGGUCCGAAGGGAAAGCCGACAGGCCCCACUACAACUACUACGCCAUGCUGCUAACCCUGCUCAUUUUCGUCAUCGUCUUCGGCAACGUGCUGGUGUGCAUGGCCGUGUCCCGCGAGAAGGCGCUGCAGACCACCACCAACUACCUGAUCGUCAGCCUCGCUGUGGCCGACCUCCUGGUGGCCACGCUCGUCAUGCCCUGGGUGGUCUACCUGGAGGUGGUGGGCGAGUGGAAAUUCAGCAGGAUCCACUGUGAUAUCUUUGUCACUCUGGACGUCAUGAUGUGCACAGCAAGCAUCCUGAACCUGUGUGCCAUCAGCAUCGACAGGUACACAGCCGUGGCCAUGCCCAUGCUCUACAACACGCGCUACAGCUCCAAGCGCCGAGUCACCGUCAUGAUCACCAUCGUCUGGGUCCUGUCCUUCACCAUCUCCUGCCCGCUGCUCUUCGGACUCAACAACACAGACCAGAACGAAUGCAUCAUCGCCAACCCCGCCUUCGUGGUCUACUCCUCCAUCGUCUCCUUCUACGUGCCCUUCCUCGUCACCCUGCUGGUCUACAUCAAGAUCUACAUCGUCCUCCGCAGGCGGCGCAAGCGGGUCAACACUAAGCGCAGCAGCCGGGCUUUCAGGGCCAACCUGAAGGCCCCGCUCAAGGGCAACUGCACUCACCCUGAGGACAUGAAACUCUGCACCGUUAUCAUGAAGUCUAAUGGGAGUUUCCCUGUGAACAGGCGGAGAGUGGAGGCUGCCCGCCGAGCCCAGGAACUGGAAAUGGAGAUGCUCUCCAGCACCAGCCCGCCCGAGAGGACCCGGUACAGCCCCAUCGCGCCCAGCCACCACCAGCUGACCCUCCCCAACGCAUCCCACCACGGCCUCCACAGCACACCUGACAGUCCUGCCAAACCAGAGAAGAACGGACAUGCCAAAGACCACACCAGGAUUGCCAAGUUCUUUGAGAUCCAGACCAUGCCCAACGGCAAAACCCGGACCUCUCUCAAGACCAUAAGCCGCAGGAAGCUCUCCCAGCAGAAGGAGAAGAAGGCCACCCAGAUGCUCGCCAUAGUUCUCGGCGUGUUCAUCAUCUGCUGGCUGCCCUUCUUCAUCACCCACAUCCUGAACAUACACUGUGACUGCAACAUCCCACCCGUCCUGUACAGCGCCUUCACGUGGCUGGGCUAUGUCAACAGCGCCGUGAACCCCAUCAUCUACACCACCUUCAACAUUGAGUUCCGCAAGGCCUUCCUGAAGAUCCUACACUGCUGACCCAGCUGCCCACCUGCACAGCAGCCUGCUUCCCAACUCCCUGCCCAGCGGCCCUGCCUCGGGCCCUGGGAGCCGUGGGCAGGGUGACACGGGGCAGACUCGGCCUUCUCCUCGCCCGCAGGCCCUGCGGCGUUAGCUUGGCUCCACGGCCCUCACUGACCGUACACCCUCGCUCUACCAGGGCAGUGCUAGAGAGCCAGGCACGGUGCCAGCCCUCGGGCCGGACCCCUGGCUCAGAGGCAGCUCACGGAGCCCCCUCCCACUUCCAGACCCUCUCUCCUUGGCACCAAAGACACAGCCGCCUUCUCUGACCUUUCUCUGGGGCUCUGGGGUUGCUGGGCCAGUGUCAAAGCUCAGAGGCCAUGCUGGCCUGGUCUUCACAAGGCCUGUGCUGGAGCGGGCAGUGGGGAGCGAUGGACAGUUCACACCCCCCAAGGCCUACACCAGGGAAGCCAGAGCUCUUGCCAAGGCCCCAGGCAACUUCAGGCCAGGGAGACCCAUGUACAUACCAGGUCUGGAUGGACCCCAGAGAAGCCCAAGCCCAAAACUUCACCCCUUCUCCCCCACCGAGCCUGGCAGGAGCUGCUACUUCCAUCCACAGCAGUGGGUCCCGACCCCACCCAGCUCCCCGUGAGGUUUCCAUACUCCAAGAGCCCAGGAGGGUCUGCGGGGAGAGGACCACCCCUAUCCCAAGCCCACUCUGCUGCCCCCCUGAUGGAUGUGGGUGCCUCUCUGUAGCACAUGUCGGGCCAACCUGGGAGAGCUGGCAGGGAAGGUGGGCACAUGACAUGUUUGGGGCUUGGUUGGGGGUGUCUGAGGUCCUAUGGGAGACUGCUCCUGACACCCUCUGCCGCAAACCACGUCCUUCUCUCUUCCUUCCGCCUCUCCACUCUCCAGUCCUCUUGUCCCCUUCUUUCCACUGCCUCCGCCUUAGAGGAGCCCAUGGCUAAGCGGCUGCUGAAUACCGUUCGGCCUGCUCUGGCCCUGCCAGAGGGAGUAGGGGAAGCUGCAGCUUGGGGGAGCCCCCAGGCCCCAAACUCUGUAACAUCACUACACAUGCUCCAAACUAAUAAAACUUUGACAAGAGUCACAUGCAGGGCCCCUCAAGCGGAGGGUGCAGUGUCACCUCCAGUCUCUGCACCCGGUGUGGCCAAAGGUCCGUGUCUGUGCUGGGGGUCAGAGUUGGAGAGCCUUUCUGCAGACCCUCCAGAGAAGGUGGCCCUGGCCCCCAUCAGCGGGUACAGGACUUUGGGGGAAAGGAGGAGAGGAGCUGCUGCAGGAGGGCCAAGGAGAAGACGUGUGUGCCUGUGUGUUUCUCCCCUCAUCCAGUCCUCUCCUCCUGAGGGACGUGAGCGCUCUCAGAGCUGCAGUUGGGUGGUCCUGAUCUUCAACCACCAGCCAAGAUGGAAGGGGAGAACGUUUCCAGUAGCCCACGGGUCCCCUCAUUGCCAGAGCAGCAGGGUCCUACCAGAGGCAAGCCAGGCUAUCCCCACUUCCCUUCUCCUCCUCUCCAGGUCCUGGCACCUCUGCAGGCCCAGUCCUUAGCCCUGCUCGUCCACCAGGGCAGAGAAGGCUCUGUGGGAAAGGUGGCCUUCGAGGUGCGGCUGUGCCCACGUCUGUGUCUGCCCCUUCCCCUGUCUCGCAUCAGGACCCCCUUCCUCCGGGGCAGGCGGGGAGGCCCUGCGUAACGUGGCCUGGUGUCCUCCUGCCUCUUGGGCUCCAGACCAGUCGCAGCUCCAAGCCUUCUGGGGCCAUGACUUGGCACUGACCCAACAACAGAAAUUUGGCUUUUUAAAAAUGAAAUGUAAAUCAACCCAGUGAAGGAGGAAUAUUCUUACCACCUUGAGAAUAACAGCGGUGAUAACAAACAAGGUGCUGGCACCCACGGGCUCAGGCUCCGGGGAGCUGUCAGGGCAUAAUUUGCAUGCUAAAUACAAUAUUUUUAGCACCAAAGUUUGGAGCACUUAACUUGCCCUGAACACUUAAUUAUGGACUUUGAUCUUCUCCCUGAACCUGAAUGUAGCACGAAGCCCUGGGAGAGGCUCCUGUCCCCAGAAUACACGAUUCCAGAAGGUGGGCAAAACAGGCUCCUGGUCUAGCUGGAACGGGGGGUCAAUCACCCAGUGACCCCCUCCUGCGGAAGGCACCAGACCCCCAAGGGGGCUAGAACCCCCCCCGAGACCUGUCAGCUCUGUUACCCACCCCAUAGCCAAGGCGCGCAUGUGCACGCGUGCACACACACACAGAUACACGCACACACACACGCACACACAUGCACACACACACUCAGUCUAUGAAUGAUCUUGACCUGGAUGGGAGCUUAAAAGCUCAUCAUUAGAAAUCUCAGGAAGUCACAUAGGUUUAUUAGCUGUGGGAGUUGUAAGAGAUGACGAAAGGAUGGAGAGAGAAGAAGAGAAGAAGGGAGGGAGGGAGGGAGGGAGGAAGGAAGGAAGGAGGGAGGGAGGAGGGAAGGAGGGAGGGAAGGAAGGAAGGAGGGAAGGAAGGAAGGAAGGAGGGAGGGAGGGAGGGAGGGAGGAGGGAAGGCAGCCUGAAAGCAGUUUGGGAAGAGCACUGACAGGGAGCAGAGGGGAAGAGGGCAGGCAGGGGCGGGAGGCGGGGCAGGGAAAGUUGCCCACAGCUGUCAUGAAGCUUCA